ACGGAAAGCGCGAUGGGCGGCGGCAAGGGGCCAAAGUCCGCUAUACUCCUAACCUAUAUGGUCCCAUGGACGCCAACUCUGUAUUUCUUUUGCGGAGUGGGUGCUGUAUGAGCUCUAUACUUGCACUAUUUAGGUAUAACAGUUGAUGGCUGAAGUCGAGGGCAUCUAUGCUGGUUAUUAUAUAAUUGAAUUGAAAUGCAUAGAGGCCUUUGGAAGACAUGAGCCAAUACAAGAAGAUCGCCUAAACGACGACCAAUACUGGGCUUUGAUGGCCCUUUAUAUAACCGGCAUGCGCGAGGUUUGUGACUUCUUCUUUACAUCAAGUUAUCCCAAGGCCUCGGCGGCACUCAGGGGCUUGAUCCUGUGUCCCCGAUUGCCAGAGAGUUACGAGCACAUGAUCGUUUUUAUUCUCGAGGCGUAUUCAAUGAUGCAGCUGCUGGAGGAGACUACUAACAGUGGAAGUUAUACUACCGAAUGCACGGGACAUUUAGCCCGAUAUAGAUUUUCCGUUGAAGACAAAGACGCCAAAGCAAGACUACAUUGGAAAGGAGUCGCGAUACAACAGUACAGUCGGGUUUUAGAUCUUGACCUGACCCUGGGUCGGCUUUACCAUCACAGCAGCAUCUUGUCAAGUCACUAUAUAUUGCGCUUUUUCAAUAUUCUUAAGUCCCUGACUGUCAGCCAGCUAUUUACGUUGGCGUAG